UGCUUUGAAUCGAUGAUAUUGCAAUCGCCUCUAUCUGGCAGCCUUGCUGAUCCCAGCUAAUGUUCCCUUAGACAUAAAGCCGAUUUUUCAAUCACCCUCCCACUACAGCACGCGAUAUGGUUAGCGAAUGCUCAGGGUGGCAUGGUAAAAAACCUUCUGAUUUAUCCCUUCGAGACGAUUUUCAACUGCGCGCUGGCAUCCUUCUUAUCUCCGAAAUUGGCCUGGUGACCUUUGUUCUUGCGUCCUCCCUGCUCGUGUAUUCUUUGAGACAAGUGCGCAAGAAGCGUCGCGAGUCCAGAAAGCGUGCACCAGGCUCCGGCGUUGAGCCUCAGCUUCAGCCCAUAUCUGUAUUGUUUCUGUGCGCUAUCUUCACGGACGCAAUUCAUGGGAUAUCGAAUACGUUAUCCGUCAAAUGGGCUUAUGCUGGAAAAGUCACCGAGGGUUCAUACUGUACGGCGCAAGGGGUGUUGAGACAGAUUGGGUAUUUGGGCGUGGGGUGGUACACCAUUGCAAUUGCAGUGUUGACUUACCUUCAAGUCUUCCAUUCAAAAUGGCUAGGGACGAGAGGUGCAAGGAUUUUCGUCGCGGGAUCUAUUUGCUUCAUUACCGCUUCCACCGCUUUAAUCACUGCAGUCCCUGCUGCUGUCAUUCGCCCAUAUUAUGGCAGUACAGGAUUGUGGUGCUCAAUCUCGGCCCAUCACUGGAAGGCGCGAGUAGGAACCAUGCAUGCCUCAUUAAUACUGGCCGCCCUAGUGACAAUUCUUGCAUACGGGAUGGUAGUGUAUAAGUGGGUACGUCAAGCAUCUUUUGAUGCUAAUCGUGUCUUGAGACGGGAUGCGAUUGCCAUGGGAUGGUAUCCUGUCGCGUAUCUCAUUAUAGCCGCACCUUAUUAUCUCAUGGCUCUCCGUCAACCUCUGGCUCUCCGUCAACCUCAUGACCCAACGCUCUCUUCUUCCGCCCUUCUUUCAUCGUGGGGGGCUCUCAACGUGAUCUUGUGGUGGUUCACAGGAAGACAUUUUGGAUUCUCCCAAAAAACCUCAAGUUCAGAUUUCCAACCCCCCGUGGAUGUGGAGAUGGCCGCACGAUCUUAGCUGACCCACUUGGAGGUCUGGUAUUGACCAUAUGUACUGGGUUCGGAUUGGAUGAAAUCAUUAGGUACAUUUUUCUAAGCUUCCACUAUCGUCAAAAAUGGUUGAGUAUGACAUUGGUUCACUGAGUGGUUAUAUACCGAUGCAGAUUAGCUCUCCGUCAUCUUGCCAAACCAUUAUUUUUUUGUUUGAAGAGAACACCAAUGAAAUGGCAGGCAGCGAAAGAAGUGAACGGAUUGAUACAGCCUCUAGGCGCUCUGGAGAUGAUG